GUCAAAUUAUUGUCAUGUAAAAUGAUGUAAAUUUUAUCAAAUUUGUGAUAAGUCAUCAUUUUCAAAAACAAAACAGAUUGCAAUAACUUUUUGUGAAUGACUUCAAUAUUAAAUUCUUCUAAGAAUAUUAAUCACACUGUAUAUAUUUAUUCAAAAUUUUAUCACUGUCACUUUUCUGAACUGUCCUAACAAUAUCAAUUUUAAAUUGGUAAGACGAAAAUAUGUCUCAACAGUUUAAUCCAUUUCUUGGGUUACUGGGAACUUCUCCAUCUGAAACUCCAAUUCUGGAAGACAGUCCUAUAACUAUUACUUCUGUGCCAGUCCAGGUUGAUGAAGAAACAGAAAUUGUAAACAACAUCGUCGAAAAUGUUUUUUACUUUACCAUAAAUGUAAAUGCUGUCGAAAAUCGGCCCAAUAAUGAAAAACAGUUAGUAUAUUUAGAAGAACUUGCUGAAGCAACUAAACCUCGCAUUCACAUAGACUUUGAAGCAUUGGAACAGGCACUUUUCGAAAGAUUACUUUUGCAAGAUGUUGAGUCUAAUGUUAUUCCAAAAGGUACCAAAGUUUAUAAGGAGCAUGUCAUAGAGAAGCAUGUCUUUCUGUAUCUAUUUAACUCCUUACAAAAUCUACAAAGUUAUAACAAUAGCAAGAACAUGGUGGAAAAGCGAGCUGUGUCAAAAAUGAGAGAAUUAAUAUUUCGAAAUGCAGUGACUGCUUUAAAACAACCAGCACUCUUUGAAGACCAAGACUUUUCAUUACAGCUUUUAGGAUUAUUACAACAUGCUGACCCAUUGAGUCAAACAUUUUUUACUGAUAUAGUCAAUGCACUGGUAUCAGAUUGUGAUAAUGAAAGUCAAGCACAACUUAAAGCCACAAUGAAUGAGGUUCUGCAAAAAAUUAAUACAGAAGUAAAGAAGUCUAAUUUAAUCAAUCUACCGAAUUAUAUUUUACCAUCUGUACAUUUAUUUGCUAGUAACCCUCAUUUAGCACCAAUUUUAAUGGAAGAAAGUGAGCCAAAAGUAGAAAAUAAUGGACGUUUGUAUCAAGACUCAGUUAUUGGUGCUCUUCUGAGUUUGUCGGUUCUACCUAGAACUGCCUUAUCACUUCAUGAAUUCUUUGAACAACCAAUGGAUCAGGCAGCCAACUCAUUAAUAGAAACCUCAAUAUGGAAUGCAUUGUCACAUUUAAACAAUAAUAUGCAAAGAAUAUUUCUGGGGCUGUUGAAAUGUGGACCUGCGAUGCGUAAUCGUCUACUCACUUGGACCGGUAAAUGUUUGAGUGCGAAUGUAGCAAGAGGAAAACUGUGGAGUGUACAAGCUGGAGAAAUCAGUGCUGCAACACUGAACUGCGUGUCCGACGGCUUCAUGUUGAACCUGGGUGCAGUGUUAUUGCAACUUUGUAUGCCAUUCUGUGCCUCCCCAGAUGACCCUAAAUUACUUAAAAUAGAUCCAACUUACGGAGCUGUUCCCCCCGAGGAAUGUGCCUCGAAAUCUGUUCAUCUCGACAGCCUACAUAAUGAAACGUGCUUAUUACCACCAAGGGAAGACGAAAACGGACAAUCUAUAAAACGACCGACGGCCGAAACAUAUAGUUUCGUAACUGAAUGUUUCUUUGUGACACAGAAAUGUAUAGACUUGGGUGUUCGCGUCUGCGCCGAGAAGCUAUGGCAGUGCGGUCGCGAGCUCGGGCAGGCCCAGCGCGCCCUCGCCGACGCAGGCACCGCGCCGCGCCUACUCGAAGCCCUACGCACUCGCACGCAUCAUCUCAUGACGCGGUUUGUUAGUCUGCGUUGCGCUUUACUAGAGAAGAACAUGCUGACGAAUUUGCAUCGGCUUCAAGCGGCGACUUGCACGUGGCUCGUACAAGUGGCGAUACGGACCGAUCUGGACACGCCGCUAAGUAACUACGCGCCCAUGACCCUACUGCCGGUCGAGAUGCCCAUAACCACACCAGCACCCGACACGCUAAGAUGCAUUCCAGAGUUCGUAUUGGAAAAUAUAGUGGUUUUAAUAACAAUGGCGCGACGCACCGCCGGAGCUACGACCGAAGAAGCAGACAUCGCUGGCCUGCUGCAGCCCGCGCUCACCCUCGUGCUCACGUUCAUGGGAGACUCCUCGCGUACUUACAACCCGCAUCUGAGGGCACGACUAGCUGAAUGUCUGGAAGCGAUGCUGCCUAAUCAUCCAGACAACCAACAGCCCUUAAGUAGUUUGGCUUCGUUUUACAGAGAACAACUCUUCAAAGAACAUCCUCACAGAUCACAGCUCGUGCCAUGCCUUUUGGAUGUAUUCGUGGGCAUAGAAAUGACCGGGCAGAGUGUUCAGUUUGAACAAAAGUUCAACUACCGACGGCCCAUGUAUCUUGUUAUGGAAUUCCUAUGGGGACUGGAAGAACACAGGGAAUCUUUUAGUCAAUUAGCAAGAGAAGCAGAAUCCAAUAUGGAGGCUGUACAUCCACCUAUAUUUUUGCGUUUCGUCAAUCUGUUGAUGAACGACGCUAUAUUCUUACUGGAUGAAGCAUUAGGGAACAUGGCUCAAAUAAGAACUAUGCAAACCGCACAACAAUCCGGUGCGUGGAGGAACUUGCCGGUGCACGAACGCGAACAAAAUUUCUCGAAUUUAUCUCACAUCGGGAUGUUGGCGCGCUUCGACAACAUACUCGGGCGCGACACGAUCCGCAUGCUGGUGCGGCUCACCGCGCACGCGCCGCACGUUUUCUGUCACCCGACGCUCGUCGACCGGAUCGCGUCGAUGCUCAACUACUUCCUGCUGAACCUGGUCGGACCUAACAAAAAGAAUUUGAAAGUAAAAGACAUGAAGGAAUACGAGUUCGACCCGGCCAGUACAGUGCUGGACAUUUGUCGUAUGUACGUUGAGCUAGGUAACAACGAGCGGUUCUGCAACGCCGUGUCCGACGACGGCCGCUCCUACUCGCCGCAACUGUUCACCCUCGCUGAAACUGUACUAGUCCGCAUCGGUGGGGGCUUUCUCAUAAGCACACUGCGGGAGGUUGCCGAGCGAGUGAGACUGCUCGCCGAACAGAAGCAGAGAGACGAGGAAAUACUCGCGAACGCUCCCGACGAGUUCCUCGAUCCGAUCAUGAGCACCAUCAUGUUGGACCCCGUCGUGCUUCCGAGCUCGAGGACCACAGUCGACAGGACGACAAUUGCCAGGUAUUUUUUGAAGUUAUACUUCUUUAGGCAUCUUUUAAGUGAUCAGUCAGAUCCAUUCAACAGGUCGCCGCUCUCCAUGGAUCAAGUAAAAUCAGACACUGAACUCAAAGAAAGAAUACACAGUUGGAUCGCUGAAGCCAAAAAGAAUAGUUCACAAUCGACGAGCACUAAAAAUUAG